CGGAAGCAAUGAAGAAGACAAUAGAGGUGAGGGAAGUAGAAUGGGACUCAGGCGAAGAGAAUUGAGGCGAAGAAUGCCAAGGAGGACGACAAGAAGGAAAAGCAAGCGGCUACAACCAGGGAGGAUGAAAUGAAGCGAUGGAUGACAACUACAUUCGGUAGCUCCUUGCGCGUCCUAACGGAGAAGAUAGAUAAGGUGGAGGAUAAAGCGAAGAUGACGGAAGCCGAGCGGGAUGAAUUGCGAAAACUGCGAGCGGAGAAGGAGCUGCGGGAGCUGAAGGAGGGAAUGAGCUCGGAAAAACGGAAGAGGGUUGGGGCGACACCAGGCGUCUCGCCACGAGCCGGGCGGGUAAAAACGAAGUCUGAAGUCAAAGCGCGAAAUCGGCCACAGAAUGGGGUGCUCGUCUUGUCCGAUGACGAUGAGGCUGAUACCUGCAAGCGUGGAGGAAAUUUGAAGAAGAAAUUUGAUGAAGCAGACUCUUCUUCCACGUCGACAUCCAUUCAGACGAAGAUGGGGGAGAUUAAGGAUCUUCUGAAGAGUCUCGUGGAAGCACUGCCAAAGCUGGUCAGGGCUCAAGAUCAUAGGAAGGUUGCCGUGACUGAAGAGGAGGAAGAGCAAGAUAACGAGAAGAUGGAGACAGAACAAACGGGGGAAGAGGAAGAGGAAACGUUGGAGGAGAAGGAUGAACUAGGCCUAGUGGCCUAUAUGAAGAACGGAGUCGAGAGCUAUGAAACUAUGCACCACACGCAUAUUCGUGCUCUCUGUGGUGAAAAAGGGAUACCGUACAUUAGAACAAAUAUGGGAGUGAUGGAACUAGCUAGAUUGGACUUAGAGGAAUAUAUGAAGUCCCUACGGGAAAUGGAUGAAAAUGGAGUGACGGUCUCAGAACCUGGAGAAGAAAACGAGAAACAGGAAGAGGUGAAGAAUGUUCAGGAAAAUUAGGUGCCCAUUCGAAGCGGGCAAUGUUGAGGUUGUUCACAAAGGUAAGACUGGGCGAGAUCGACGGGAUCAAGAACCUUCUGUUUAACUCAAAAAACGCUCCGAUACAGUGUGGCUUUGAUAGUGCGCAGAAAAUGAACAGAGCCUGCAAUG